CGGCACUUGUGAUUGGCCGGCGGCUCUGCCUGUCAGUGGCUCUGGGGGGAGCGGCCGGUGUCCGGAGGGAUUUGGUGGCCGCUGUGAGAGGAACGGUUAUAUCGCGAUAUAUCGCAGUGCGGGCUGUUAGCUGCUCCCACACGGACAGUAAAUCUGGAACAAAGUGUAAAGGAAAGUGACAUCUACUGACCAGCUUUUAGCGACAGACGAUGGCGGACCUUGAGCCCAACUUUAGUCUCGAGGAUGCCCUAACCGAUGCUCCACCACAGAUUGAACCAGAGAUAAAGCGGGAUUUUAUGAGCUCGCUGGAGGCGGAGCCUUAUGACGAUCUCGUUGGUGAGACAUGUGAUAAAGCAGACUAUGUACCUCUGCUGGAUGAUGAUGAAACAAAGGAGCCAAAACUCAAACAGCCAGGUGAAGGUUCCCAGACGUCUGUGCUGGAAAAUGGCGAACAUGUUGGAGAAGGCGACGCACCCAAUCCAUUUGAGCCAAACCAGGAUGAAAAGGCUGGUUCUGAUAUUCUGCUGCUGCCAUGUGAUAACACAAGCCACCAUUCGUUCACGGAGCCCUUCGGAGAGGCAGAGCUGCAGCACGAAGCCAUAUCUAGAGAAUGCUUAUUGGAUCUCACAGAACCAGCACAGCCAGCUGACAUAGAUCUCCUAUCAGAACAGCCAGUGGCUCCAGGUCCCAACCAUACAGAAUUUUCUCAAGGUGCCUUCGAUGAGGAGUGGCUCACUGGUUACCCUAAAGCAGGGGACACAGAUACUCCAAGUGACAAGAAUGAGGACCAAGGACAUGCCGUCCUUUGUGAUGCAUCUAAUGACACGUUGGUCAAGCAUCCUUUUCAGAUUACAGAAGCAGACCCCAAUUCAGAUAUCUGGCAGCCGACCAUCGCGGAGCAGAUUGCGCUCGCUUCACAUCAUUCAGCAGAGCCCGUCGCAGUCCCUGAUGAAGUGGUGCUUAAUUUGCCGGAAGGUCCUGCCUCUGUGUGUGAUCUAACUGAGGUGACAGGGGACUCAAGAUUCGCUGACUCACUUCACUCAGAGGAGAUGGUACUGGAAGUUGAAGGACCAACAGAACCCAAACCGAGCGCUGCUGCAGCUUUGCCAGUAGAAUCUGCUGCUAGCACUGAUGUCCUGUCAUCCACAUUACAUGAGCAGCAACCUGUGGCACAAAACCAGGAACAACCUGAUGUGAUUGCAACGGCCCCUGAAUACCUCGCAAUGGAAACACAAAAAGAAGGGUCUGAGGGAACGCCCGAGGCAUCCGACCAACCUGCAGAACAAUUUAAAGCCGAUGAAGCAAUCCUUGAAGAAUCAAAGGUUCCAUCUAAUGAGAGACUUGUUACACUCAUUGAAGAUCAGAUGGUGACUCCAUUGUCUAUUGUGGAUGAACGUUCUGACGCACAUAUUGUUUCUGAUGACAAGACAAUAGAAGCAGCGUUUUCUGAUGACAAGACAAUAGAAGCAGCGGUUUCUGUGACAGACAUUGUCCAAUCAGACAUUGCAGAACUUUGUCAAGGCAUCCAAUCAGACAUACUAGAAUAUCCUUCUGAAGAAAUUGAGUCUGCCUUAGCUAAUCCACAACAUGGCCAGGAAACAGAGCCCGAUGUAACACCACAACCUCCUGUGGACAUAAAAUCUGCUGUAACACCACCACAGCUUGGUCAAGAAAUCGAAUACGAUGUAAUGCCACAACUUCCUGUGGCUACAGAAUCUGCUGUAACACCACCACAGCUUGAUCAGGAAAUAGAAUACGAUGUAACACCACAAACCUCUCCAGGAUUAGAGUCCGGUGUUAUAGAAGAACCAAGUGAAGGAAUUCAGUCUGGUGUAACAGAACCAUACAGUGAAUAUAUACAGUCAGACUUAAUAGAACCCAAUAGUGAAGGAAUACCGUCUAAUAUAACAGAACCAUAUAGUGAAGGAGUCCAGUCAGAACCGCUUUCUCCUGUUGGAGAUGAAAGCAAUACCCAACAGCUGGGUGAAAUUCAGGCCGAGCUUCCAACACCAGAGAUUGUUCCAGUAGUAGAGUCAGCCCUGCCUCUGGAAACCUCUUCUGAGACAGAGCAAAUCAAGCUUCAGCCUCCUCCUUCUCCUCAGCAAGUGCAAGGAAAACCUGAAGUUGUUGAAACCCCUCCAGUUACUACAGCUAAUGACAUCACAGCGCCACCGAACAAGGAGCUCCCAGCAAGUCCAGAGAAAAAAGUGAAGGUUUCCACUACAACACUCUCAAGCAAGUUUGCAGCAGCUAAAGGCAAACCCAGCACCGGGCCUAGCCCCAAGAAACCAGUGUCCUCCACACCCACCCCUAAAAAACCACCUAGCCCCGCUCUUGCUCAGGGCUCCACCUCCACCCCCAGACGUCCCUUGGGAAGCGCAGGCCGGCCCUCAAGUCUCACCCCUAAAGACUCAAAAGAUAUAAAGCCAAAGAGUCCUGUGAAGAGUCCAGAUAAGAAACCAGCUACUCCUAAACCUCUGACUUUGUCCACCCCUCGCUCUGCAGUGAAGGCCAGCCCUGCUACCACCAAGGUCGCAUCAUCUGCACCUCCAACAGACGGAACAGCAGCACCUAAACCGAAUGGCACCCCAAAACGACCAGUUGCCACCAAGAAUGAUGUGAAAUCCACAGAAUUCAAGAAAACCACUACUACGAAAUCUCCUACAGAUUUGACUCGAACAAAACCUGUUUCUGCGGAUUCAGCCAAGAUCAAUGGAGCUGCUCCAGCCGGCACGACCACCGUCCCCACCCGUCCCAAACCCACCAAACCAGCAGCUCCCAAGCCCAGCUCUGCUCCUGCUUUGACCUCUGAUACCAAGAAGCUGGCUCCUACCAGAUCUGUCCCAGUGAGCAAACCUACUACGGCUACGCAAAAUAAAUCCACCACUGCCGCGAAGCCCAUCACAGCUCCCAAGCAGUCACGUCCUCCCAGCGCAACCGCUCCGGACCUGAAGAACAUCCGUUCCAAGAUUGGAUCCACUGACAACUUAAAGCACCAGCCAGGGGGAGGCAAGGCUAAAGUAGAAAAAAAACCUGUGCCAGCCAGCACAACAGCCCGAAAACCUGUCACCCUCGCGGGUCCUAAAAGCACAGCCCCUAGACCUGCUGUCACUAAAGAAAGUGUCCCCAAGCAGUCCAAUGAGAAAGUGCAGAUAAUCUCCAAAAAAGUGAACUACAGCCAUGUUCAGUCAAAGUGUGGUUCCAAGGACAAUAUUAAGCAUGUCCCUGGUGGUGGGAAUGUCCCCAAUGCUGCCAAGCCAGCAGCAGGCAGUGCCCGCCCACAGGCACCCAGCAAUCACAAACCGGGCAGUGCCAAUGUGCAGAUUGUAAACAAGAAGAUUGACGUUUCAAAAGUGUCUUCCAAGUGCGGCUCCAAAGCAAAUCUCAAGCCUAAAUCAGGUGGAGGAGACUCGAAGUCUGAAGCAAGCAAUGGAAAUUUGAAAAAGCAGGAAGAGACCAUGUCUGCGCCAAAAGAAAAUGCUAACAAAGAUUUAAAGAGCCCAGAAAGCGAGUCGGUCAGUCCUCCACAGAAUGGACACCCUGCUACGCCCACUACAGCCCCAAGCGAGGAGGCACAAGAAAAUGGAGUAGGAGAUCUGGUUUCCUUGGAGAGUGGCAAUCCAAAGGAAAAUCAGAGCUUCAACACGCUUAUACCAGAAACGAGCAUCUAACGAUGAAUUUGUGGUGUCGUCUUCCAUUUGUCUCAUUGUUCGGUCUCCUCCCCAUACAACUCCCACCAUCUCUCCUUCCCACUUGUUGUCCAUCCACCUCCGAAAUCGCCAUACUGUUUUACUGCAGAUUAAAGAAUUCUACUGCGAUGUCCCGUGAUGCCGCCAGAGAAAGAUGGACCACGGAGGAGAUGUCUCCACCCCCAUGCCCUUUAGCCUUCCAGGCAGCACUUAACAUCCCCUUUGACCCUCAUCCUGCGUGGCUUAGCACAUGAGACCGCAAGGGUUUGUGCCCUUUGAUGCCUCCUCACCGCCGCUAAAGCUGCCUGUUGCUUCCAUAAAGUCCUCUGAAGAGGACAUAUCUGCUGCUUCUUCCCAGCAAGGCUUGUGCUCCCAUUUUUUUUUUUAUUUAAACAUUUGCUGCACUUUGAAAGACUUGCCCAAGGUUGGUCUUCUUAACUUGGUCUCGGGCUUGUAGGGUGAACAGUUAGUAGCAUCCUCUUCUAGAGAUCUUCUCUAGCCAGUAAGCUAGGAAGAUGGCUCAAGAAAUUGAUUUAUUUCAGGUUUGUAAGCAAUGGAGUUAAUUACUCCGUACCUCGCAAGCUCCCGACUGGGGUCAAAACCUGCUGUUAACGCAAUGUUUUAAUAUCCUGCAAUAUGAAUUUUAAGGGAUUUGUAGAAAUGUCCUUUAGCUCCAGAGCAGGAAUAUAAUCAAUGUCCAUUUCUUGAUUGAAAAUCCUAGAUAUUUCUUGGGGCAUUUCAUGCCUAAAGUUAAAAUGUUUGUCAUUCUACAAAGAACUUGUCCAUCCUGAAAGCUGAGGCCAGUCAAGAACCUUUACCCAACCUUGUUCUAUUGGUUGCUCUAAAAUCCCCAUUGCAAACGAUCGUUCAUUGUGUUAUUUAAUAUUAAUAAUGGUAAAUGUUAAGUAUAUAUAUAUAUAUAUAUGACACAUGCACACAGUGUAGGCUGUCUCCAGUGUAGAAUCCCAGACCUGUAUUUGUCGUAGUAUAUGUGGAAUUUUUGUGCCUACAAUCUACAACCUAUAGUUACUUACAUUUCCUUAGUGACCGAGCAUCACCCGCUUCUGCAGUGCUGGCUUCUUAUUGACAUAUCGAGCAAUUGUAUCUGUGUUCAUUUAGUUUUAUUAAUUUAAAUGUCGAUUCAUUGGGGGAUAAGAAAUUGAAAGGCUGUAGCAUGUUGGAUGGAGAGUGUUGGUGUCUGGGCCGGAUUGAAUGGUCGUUUCCCCCCCUGUAUCCGGGAUGGGGGAGGGAUUAUGAACCAUCCUGGACAUUGAAGGAACGCCUUGUUUAGAUCGAAUACAGUAAACUUCGUGCCUUCAGACCAGCCGAUCCAUUUAUUUGUUGGUCUGCGGAUGUGAUUUAACUCUGAAUGCAAAGAUAUGUGUGUAGAUUCUUUUAAAAGGCUUUUGUAAAAGAAAUUCUCCUCCUGACAAAAUCUCCAGGAAUGAACGAAAGCUAUUAUUUUAGUCAAACUUUCUACCCUGAUUUCACUUGAGGAAGAACAUAAAAUGCAGGUUAAGAUAUAGUUGGGGGUGGGGGUGUUUCCUUUGUUUCUUUUUUAUUUUAUUUUUUUGUGAAGGUUAAAACAAAAAUAACGAAAUGUGUUUUUGUAUUAUUGUGGUUUGAACUAACAUUUAAUGUGCUGUGACAGACACUAAAGGAAUGAUAUGUAAAUAAAUAUUCUGGGGUGUGUUCAGACUAAAAGGUUUUGCAAAUUAGCGUUUUUGGGAUCAGCGUGAGGGACAGUUGUUUCCAAGGCGCGAGCUGCUGAGUGAUGACAGGAAGGAGCAGAGACGGUUAACAUCAUAUCCCACAAUCUGUACCUACCCACAGUUCUUAUUGCACUUGUAUUUUUAUAUAUAUAUUAAAAAUAAAAUGUUUGCAUGAUUUCUAAUAAAAUGACGUUAAAUGUAACAACAUUGCA